CGAAAAUUUUCGAUUUUAAAAGAAGUUUUUUCAUUUCAAUUCCGAUUUUCUAGAAUUUAUCGAAGCAAAAUUGGAAUUAGUAUUUCAUUUAUUGAAUAAAACUUGACACACCGAAGAAAACUUGAGACUUGCAUAAAGCGUUCUUCUCUUUCUCUCUCUCUCUCUCUCUCCGUCUCCGAAGGACGAGCUCGGCAAUCUCCGCCCUAGCCUAGAUCUUCUCCGCCGAUCAUGGAUUUGUGCCCGUCUGUGAAGAAUAUUCUCCUUCUCGAUUCAGAAGGGAAACGUAUCGCUGCUAAGUACUUUUCAGAUGACUGGCCUACCAAUACUGCAAAGGAAGCUUUUGAGAAGACUGUAUUUACCAAGACUCAGAAGACAAACGCUCGGACUGAAGUGGAGAUAGCUAUGUUUGAGAACAACGUUGUUGUCUACAAGUUUGUUCAAGAUCUUCACUUUUAUGUUACUGGAGGUGAAGAUGAAAAUGAAGUCAUUUUGAGCACUGUUCUUCAGGGUUUCUUUGAUGCCAUCGAUAUUCUGCUUAGGGGCAAUGUUGAAAAGAAGGAAGCACUUGAGAAUCUUGAUUUGAUUCUCCUAUGCAUUGAUGAAAUUGUUGAUGGCGGAAUUAUCCUUGAAACCGAUGCAACUACUAUUGCCGGUAAAGUUGCAAGUCACAGCAUUGAUUCCGGAGCACCACUUUCUGAGCAGACAUUAAGUCAAGCAAUAGCAACUGCACGCGAACAUCUUACAAGGUCUCUUCUAAAGUGACAACUGUCCAUGGAUUAAUCCGCAAACGCUUUUGAAGUUGCCUAUUUCUCUUUACGGGUAAAAAUACAAACAUAUCGUAGGUAGGAAACGAAAAACGAGAUAUUUGCAGGAUGCUGAUCAAAUUUCCAAUACUUAGUUCUGCAAUUUGCCUGAACUUUCUUAAAUGUGUCGGGAAAUUGAUCCAAUGAACUUAUAUGGCAAAGCAACUUGAUCUAAUUGUAUUCUUUGUGCCCGGUUUAAACUUUACUUGAUCUUUACAGUAUAUAGGUAAUUUUUUUUAAUUGCAG